AGGAGCAAAAUAUGUAAUCCCCGAUCGGUUUGGGCCUUUUAGGGCUUGUUCGGAGAAAGGGGUGGUGUUGCAGUGACUGGCUCCUUGUUCUUCCUCCCCUUGUUGGUGGACGACGGGGCCACGAUUUCGACUGUAAUCGGUCCACACCAUUAAAGGCUACCAAUCUUUUUAUUCUUGUUGAUUCCACCGAAAAAUGGAGUUUGGCCAAGGAGUAGAGGAUGGGCCACCUAAAGAAAUUCCAGAAAGUGCACCUCAAAAGGAACAGGAAACUCGUGAGGAAAUGCUUUCAAGGCACAGGAAUGAGAUUGCCCAACUGCAGCACAAGGAAAUUAGUUUGAAAAAGGCAGCUGCGAAAGGCAGCAAGGCUGAACAGAAAGCCAAGAAGAAGCAGGUGGAGGAUGAGAUUUCUCAACUUUCGACUAAACUCAAAGAACAACAGUCACAGGAACUUGCUUCAUUAGGCUACAGUAACAGCAACGGCAAGGAGAAGGGUAAUCUAGACACUUUAGUUAAGGCCAUAGCUGGUGUUUCUGUUACCACACAGGGUGACACUUCCAAGCCAAGCAAAAGUCUGAAGAAGAAAGAGAAAAGAGCACAGCAAGAAGCAGCAAGAGAGCAAAGAAUACAGGAUGAACAGAGCAGCAUUGUAAGUGAUCGCAUGAUUGAAAAUGAGAAGUUGGAGAGAAAACUUGAGCCCCUAGGAUUGAUGGUUAAGGAAAUAAAACCAGAUGGACAUUGUCUUUAUCGUGCUGUUGAGGAUCAACUGGCGUUCUUUUCUGGAGGUUCUUCUCCUUGCAGUAGUUAUCAAGAGCUUCGACAAAUGGUGGCCUCUUAUAUGAGGGAGCAUGCAUCUGAUUUCCUACCUUUUUUCCUAUCAGAUAAUAAUAUAGAAGUGGAUUCCAAUGAUUCUGUUUUAGAGCUAUUUGAGAAGUAUUGUCAAGAAGUGGAGUCAACAGCAGCAUGGGGAGGACAACUUGAACUUGGUGCUUUGACACAUUGCCUAAGAAAACAUAUAUUGGUAUUUUCAGGUUCCUUUCCGGAUGUGGAGAUGGGAAAGGAGUACAAGUCAUCUGAUGGUAGCAGUGGCCUGUCUAAUCCCAGUAUUAUGCUAUCAUAUCACAAGCAUGCAUUUGGGCUUGGUGAGCACUACAACUCUGUCAUCCCUAAUGUUUCGAGGCAGUAGGUCUUGUAAGUUUUAACAUCUUCUAAUAGGAGAUUGCCAACCAUGUUGUGAAUUGAAUAGGCUCAUCUACAAAAGUUGUAAAUGGGCUAUCUCAAGAUAUUUUGGUUUUUUCUUUAAUUACCGGCUUUAUACCAUGUUUAAAAAUUGAAAUCAGAACGCAGGGAUGCAAAGAAUUUAUUUAUAUUUUAA